AUGCUAUCUAAGAGGGGCAGCAUUUUACGUUGUACACCGUUAUUUAGUGGACCGUUUCACGAUGUGAAGGAGAAAAGGAUGAGAGAGCGCCAUCAGCAAGAAAUUCAAAAAGCGGGGCAUUCAACUUUGCCAAGUGAAGGGUGCAGUCACUUGAACGACGUCUCAGGUCCAUCGAAUACUGUCAAUGUUGAUAAUGAUCGCAACGUGCAAGCGAAGGAGAGAAUGCUGGCGCUUUUGAAGGAGCAAGGACAGCGUCGAAUUGCGCGCCGAGAGGCGUUUCUCCAUUGGCAAGCUGGUCAACGGGAAAAGGGUGCGGCGCAUCGCCUGAUGCGUCAGGCGAAGACACAAGAAAAAUAUAAAAGGUAUCACUACCACACACAGAGUGGACGGCUGAUUUCUGUAGCCCUAGCUCGUGAAGACGGGACGAGCAGUAACUCGGAUUGCACAUUUGUUUACCCGGCCACACCAGUGAAGGAAGAAGGUUGGGACUCGGCGGAUUUCUUGGUGCCUGGCAACACCCGAGCCAACAGGUGUACAAUUCGGCUGACUCUUCCCAAACGGUGA